UCCAACAACUCUCCGCCUGUUUUCUUGUAGAACCUGGUCCAACAAACGUUCUCUGGCUAUCGUCAUAUGAUCGUCCUCCUUACACAGGGUUCUCUAACAUUCCUUUAGCCGGCAUCCCUCAGUUCUCAACACGGUUGGUUUUCCCGUGCGGUACCAUGAAGUGUAAGUGGGCCUUCUCUGCUGGCCAGCCCGUGGUUGUGCCACUCAACCAUGCUGUCGCAUGGGGCGGCCGGAAAGGCAAGGAUCCACUGUUGGCUUUCUCUGCCGGCUUCUCUCCUCAGAAUUCUCUCCGUCUUUGGCUUCCCCAGAUCUUCUCUCCCGCUUCCCCACACAAAAUGCUCCGGCCCUUCUGUACCGUCUUCAUACGAAGCUGACGGCACAAGACCAUACCCGCUCACCCGAAUCUGGGGCUGGACAAGGAAGUCGACCCACAGCGAGGUCUAGACCGGGACGGUUUACCCCAGUCUGCCGUCGUGUUUUCCUUCUCUUCGAACGCGUUCCGGGCCACUCUAGAUGUAAGGAGUCCCGGGGAGAUAUCGGAAGCCACAGGAGCAAGAACUGGUGCCCGAUGGAUAGCAUGUCUUACCUCCGCUUCACAGCACAUCCUUUCAUUUGGGGGUUGAUUCUACCAAAUAUCCCCUCGACUGUCGAGCCCCGAGUUAUUGGGUCCAUUCAGCUGGGAUGAUGUUUCCCGGCUCUCGGUUGGUUCAAAGCCGGGGAUCCAAGUGGCACGGAUCGCGCGUGCUGCAAUAGUAGAUUACAGCGGAAGCUUUUCAUGCAAUGGUCUACAUUGCUAAUCAACUGACACCAAGCUCUCUUCCGAGAGCUUGCUCCUCUUAGCCUCGACCUUUAUGAGCGAAUAUGCCCCGGGUGAUAGGC